AUGGCUAUGAUAGCACAUAGUAUGCGAGUUAUUAAGGUUGCUGUGAAACAUGUUAACCCUUCGCAAGCUCCAGUAAUCGCUCUCGAUCAGCCCUUGUUUGCCUUAGCCAAGCAGAUACAGUGGAAAAUUCCUGAAUUCGGCGAAGAUAAAUUUGUGGUCAUGAUGGGAGGACUCCAUAUCGAGAUGGCUUCUUUCAAGAUGCUUGGAAAAUGGCUUAGUGGUAGUGGAUGGCCUGAGGUCAUGUGUAAUGCAGGCAUCGCAACACAGGGGAUUGCAGAAUCAAUCUUGUCUACGAGUCAUGUAACACGCACACGACGAGCACACCAGGUGACAGCGGAAAGUCUGUUCAUCCUGCUGAAUAAGGCAUACAACCAAUACAAGGCGUCCCUACUAGAGGAAAACGAGCACUGCAAUAUCCCGGCAUUUGCUGAUUGGAAAGAAGAAAGAGCUACCAAGUCACCGCAUUUCCAUUAUUGGGCGUCCGUCCUUGACCUCGAGCUGAUGUGCCUACUCCUCGUGAGAGCUUUCAGAGAGGCAGACUUCCCGCUUUAUGUCGAUACCAUCAGGAAGAUUCUGCCCUGGAUGUUUGUCAUGGAUCCUCCCAACUAUUCCAGGUGGCUCUCAGUUCACUAUCGGGAUAUGUGUCUCCUUCCUUCGAAGCAUCCAGACAUUUACAACCACUUCAGUGAUGGCGCAUUUGUUGUACACAAGACCACCAGGGUAUUUUCUUCCACAGCAUUAGAUCAUGCCCACCAGCAAGUGAAUGCUGUGGUGAAAGGCGAAGUUGGUCUCACCGAACAUCCAGCAGCUCUAUGA